CCGGCAUUCACAACAAAAAUUCAUAGCGACAACACACUCAUUAUUCUAAAACCAAACAUAUUUAUAUUUUCUACCCGUAGACAAUAGGAUACACUAAAAUAGUCAAACAUGAGCGAUACGAAUGAUGUUGAAAAACAAAAACUUAAAUUUACCGGCUGCUGCAGUUUAACGGAUGGCGAAUUGUCCAACCUAUACAAUCUGGACAUGCUCACCGACGACGAGCUGGCCGCUGUGGGCGUCGAGCGCGAUUCACUGAUCGACGAUUAUCGUCAUCUGCACGAGAUGUCCCAGAUGCGCGAACUGGAGCGCCUGCCAUCGCUAUCGAAGCGUUUCGUUUCCAAGCUGAAGAGGCCAAAAUUUAAAUCGCCACGCAAACCGACAAAGCCAUUCAAUUACGAUCUAUUGAAUAAGUUCUUUCGCUGCAUGCAGUCCGAAUCUUUGGCGUUCUGUUGUUUCAUGGAACAGGAAUUGAAAAUUAUCACCGAUUUUCAACGAGAUACCAAAAUUCUGCUGUUGUCACCCAGGGAGCGUGAAUUCGCUCGCUAUGAAUCAUACUUUGAUUAUCUGGAUGCAUUGUACCAGAACGGCGAACAGGAUCGCGUCAUAUCAAUUGUGGCCAAGGUGAUGAUCAAUUUCCAUCGUGAUCCGAAUCCAGUUAAGCUUCUGCCCGGUUUCGGGCGCGGCUAUGGCCCACAUUAUACGCGCAAUCGCACUGUCGUCGUCAAGCACAAGCCCAAAUUUACCAAUUUUUAGAAAUCCAAGCCCCCUAACCCCUCCAUCCUCCACCUACAAUAUAUGUCAAAGAAACAUUGCAAAAUUAAGCUUAAAAAGAAAAAAAAAAAAAAAA